CAAAAAAGCGCUUUUUAGCGCAGCGUCACUAUGGCUUCAAUGCCAGGCGUCAUUGGGUCGACGUCUCCGCGCUCCGACGCGGCCAGCGGCCACGACACGGACACGCCGGGUUCUUUCCAGCGUGGCAAGCGGAAGUACUCGCACACGACCGCGGCCCAGCGUCAGUGUCUGCUUGAGUGGCUCGAACUGCCAGGCAACUUUGAGCUGCUGACGAAGCCGGUGAGUGUCAAGCUCUUUGAGACCAGCAGCAACGCGGCGCCAUCAUCGCCACCGCUGAAGCGCGUCAAGAAAAUUGAUGGCUAUCGCUCACUGGCUCAGUAUAUGAACCGGGUGGCGGUCGCCGAUUGGACGGAGAAGACAGCGCGUAGCCGUUUCGAGAGCUUCAUGGCGGCAUACAGGAAAGCCAAAAGGCAGUACCCUCACGACCAGCUGCACACUUUUUAUCAGCGUGUGGAUGCACUCUUCGGACCUGACGGGGAUAGAGAGGCAACGCGAUUCGAGUCCGAGAGCUUGGGUCAAAAGCUGGAGGGCAGCAGGUCGCCGCUCUUGCCCAGGGACAACGAGACGGAGUUUCAGGACCUGUCAGCGGCGAUAUCGGAGGUCGCUAGGAAGGAGCAGGGCGUGACGUCUCCACCGAGACGGAGGGUGCGGACGACAAGUAACAAUUCGGUUGAGGCUGGUACUGUGCCGGUCGUUGCAGAUACAGGAGAAGUGGGUGAACCGCCCAUCCAGGAAUUGACGCCGACAACUUCGAUGCCAGGAACUGACCAGACGUUGAAGCUGGAGAGGCAGCGACUUGCCGUGAGACAGCAAGAGCUCGAGCUCAAGCAGACUGAACUGCGUGCGAGACAGGAGGAGAACAGACAAAACCUACGCGCCGAGGUGUUGACCAAACUCGUGGAGGCCGGCAAGUCGCCAGCGGAAGUGCGCGAGUACCUCGCCAUCAUGGACCCAGUCGACACCCCGGCCACUCGACGUUGAAAAUCAACAACGCUGAUGACAACCAACUAUACGUAGGGCCUUAACGCGACGUUAAA